CGGUUCGACAGCGACUCUGCCAGUCGGAGGAUGGAGCCGCGGGCGCCGUGGAUUGAGCAGGAGGGGCUGGAGUAUUGGGACCGGGAGACGCGGAUCAUCAAGGACCACGCACAGACUUUCCGAGAGAGCUUGAACAUCCUGCGGGGCUACUACAACCAGAGCGAGGCCGGCUCUCACACCAUCCAGUGGAUGCACGGCUGUGACGUGGGGCCGGACGGCCGCCUCCUCCGCGGGANGUACAGUCAGUUAGCCUAUGACGGCGCGGAUUACAUCGCCCUGAACGAGGACCUGCGCUCCUGGACCGCGGCGGACACGGCGGCGCAGAUCACCCGGCGCAAGUGGGAGGCGGCCGGUGAGGCAGAGCGUUACAGGAACUACGUGGAGGGAGAGUGCGUGGAGUGGCUCCGCAGGUACCUGGAGAACGGGAAGGUGACGCUGCAGCGCGCAGGUACCAGGGGCCGCGGGCCUCCCCGAUCUCCCCUCCGCUGGGGCUGGCUUCCCACCAGGAAGGGAAAAUGGACUCGGUGUCACAACACCGCCCCUCCCACGGGUGGGGACUGUGAACCGCCUGGGUGUUCCUGUUCCUAAGAGAGAGGGACUCACCCAGAGGCCGCUUUUCUCUAAAGGGCAGUUGAGGAAUCCAGCCUCUCCCGGGAGGCAGGUGGAGACUGUCCCUAGAACAACCCAUCAGCGGUUCCCUUUGACCCUGGCAGCCACCUUGGGAACCAUGACUGUCCCUCUCAAGGCCUUGUUCUCCAAUGAGAACAUAACUGGAGUUCUGACUCCGGGUUUUCUGACUCCUUCACCUUCCACCCCAGUCAGGACCCUUAGAGCGCUCUCCCUCUUAGACCUGCAGCCUCCUACCCUGGGGUCGCUCCCUGAUUCUAGAAUUUUCCAGCAUUAGGAGAUCCCAAAGGCUAGGGUGGUGACUGAGUUUUGUGCUUCUUCCAUCCUAGCCAAGGGCCCUGUCCACGUCAGGAUGGUCACAU